CAAGUGCGAAAAGUCGCUGGACAAGGGAAAGGGAAAUAUUUGCCAUGAAGGUUUUGAAAAAGGCCACAAUAGCUAGAAAUGCCAAAGACACAGCUCACACUAAAGCAGAAAGAAAUAUUCUAGAAUGUGUAAAGCAUCCAUUCAUAGUAGAUCUGAUAUAUGCAUUUCAAACGGGUGGUAAAUUAUACCUGAUCCUAGAGUACCUGCCGGGUGGGGAAUUAUUUAUGCAGCUCGAACGAGAAGGAAUCUUCAUGGAAGAUACAGCAUGUUUCUACUUAUCAGAAAUAACUUUAGCCAUAGAGCACUUACACCAUGCUGGUAUAGUUUACAGAGAUCUAAAACCAGAAAAUAUAUUACUCGACCUUCAGGGUCAUGUAAAGCUGACAGAUUUUGGAUUAUGUAAGGAAUCCAUCAAUGAAGGCGCAGUCACUCACACAUUUUGCGGGACCAUUGAAUAUAUGGCACCAGAAAUUUUGACCAGAACGGGACAUGGUAAAGCAGUGGAUUGGUGGAGCUUAGGUGCUCUAAUGUAUGACAUGUUGACUGGAGCUCCACCAUUCACUGGAGAAAAUAGAAAGAAAACUAUAGAUAAGGUUUUAAAAGCCAAGCUUAGUUUACCUCCAUAUUUAACAAAUGAAGCUCGGGGACUAAUUAAAAGGUUAUUACGCAAAAAUCCACAAGAAAGAUUAGGUGGCGGAAAAGAUGAUGCAAAUCCUAUUAAA